AUGGCUUUCCGGCGUCCUUUGAUGCUGUCGUCGACAGCAUCAACGCCUUUCCUGUCCGUUGCGAGCCGUACCUCACGCCUGGGGGCAGCCUCCCGAUUCAGCACCACCACUCGGGUCUCUUCCUCCUCCAGCUCGACCUCAGCCCUCGCCUACAAGGCCCUUCAUCGCCGGUCUCCCCUCCCUCUCCCCGUCAACGAUGCCUCACCUCAAUGGGACGCCCCCACGGCCGUUUCGUCCAUUCUCUACGAAACUCCUUCCGUCCCCACCAACCCUCCCAAGCGUCACAUCCUGAACUGUCUGGUGCAGAACGAGCCCGGUGUCCUGUCCCGUGUGUCCGGUAUUCUGGCCGCUCGCGGCUUCAACAUCGACUCCCUCGUCGUCUGUAACACCGAAGUCGAGGAUCUGUCUCGUAUGACCAUCGUCUUGCAGGGUCAGGACGGCGUCGUCGAGCAGGCUCGUCGUCAACUCGAUGAUCUUGUCCCCGUCUGGGCUGUCCUCGAUUACACCGAGUCCGCUCUGGUGCAGCGCGAGCUCCUCCUCGCCAAGGUCAGCAUCUUGGGUCCCGAGUUCUUCGAGGAAUUGCUGCAGCACCACCGCGAAAUCACCACCCCCGGUGAGCAGACCGAGGGUCAGAAGGAUAAGGCUGCGCAGGUUGCCAAGACCGAGUUCCACCCUCGUAAUCUGCCCCAAUCUCAGGCUUUGAGACACAAGCAUGAGCAUCUGGAUGCGAUUACCCGUCUCACUCAUCAGUUCGGUGGAAAGGUGCUGGAUAUCAGUACUAACAACUGCAUUGUUGAGGUUUCCGCCAAACCCUCCCGUAUCGACUCCUUCAUGAAGCUUAUCGGCCCCUUCGGUGUCCUCGAGUCCACCCGUACCGGUCUGAUGGCUCUGCCCCGGUCUCCUCUCUUCGAGCCUAGCGAGGAGAUCGAGAAGGACGCCGCUGACGUUGUUGACGCCAGCACCCUUCCCCCCGGUUAA